AUGUCCUCUGCCGUCAAGGAAAUAUACUGGGAUGCGAAAUGUAACACCAAAGCCCCGCUCUACGGAACCGGCGCAUUGGGGCCCCCGCACUUGUUCACCACUCUUGACGGAGAAGAGCAUAGGGCGCUGAGGAAAGCGCUCGGAGGCUCGCAGUGGACUAUCGGAGGGCUGAAGAAUGCGUGGGAGCCAAGAAUCGACGAGCUCGUCCAACUCUUCAUCCGCCGGAUGACCGAGCGAGUAGAGAAGAACGAAACGGUGAUCAUCUCGGACAAAGUAGCCGAAUUCGCCGCCGACAUCAUGACGAUGCUUUCCUUCAGCGAGCCCUGGGGCUUCGUCCGCAACAGCCGCGACGAGCGCAACAUGCUACGGAGCUGGCGCGACGGCCUCGACUUCUUCGGCUUCGUCGGGCGAUUCCGGUGGUUCCGCGACGUGGUGAUGAAGACGCGGUGGGGGCUAUACUUCCUGCCGACGGUGAGCGACGACUCGGGAAUGGGGUUCCUGAUGAGCCAGGCGGACAAGCAGGUCUCGGAGCGGGAGCGGCGCAUCGAGGACGAAGGCUUCACGCAGCAGAAGCCGGAUUUCCUGCAGCACUGCCUCACGGCGCGCCACCCCACGACCGCCGCGCCGCUCACCCCCCUCCAAAAACGCGCGCACAUCACGCUCCUCAUCCAAGCCGGCGCCGACACCACCGGCACCGCCCUCGGCAGCACGCUGCGCUUCCUCCUCACGCACCCGCGCUGCCUGGCCCGCUGCCGCGCCGAGCUCGCGACCGCCGCGUCGACGCUCUCGUCUCCCAUCCAGUACGACGAGACGCGCCGACAUCUGCCGUACUUCGUGGCGUGCAUCAAAGAGUCGCUGCGGCUCAACCCGCCGGCGACGAACCUCUUCGCGCGGGUGGUGCCGGAAGGCGGCAGGGUGCUGUCGGUGACUGGUGGUGGUAGUAGUAGUAGUAGUAGUGCGGAAGGGGUGCUGGUGCCGGCGGGGGCGGAGGUGACGUGUCAUGCGUAUGUUGUGCAGAGGGAUCCGAGGCUGUAUGGGCCGGAUCCGGAGAGUUACCGGCCGGAGAGGUGGGUGGUGGGAGAGGGGGAUGAGGAGGGGAGGAGGAGGGUGGCGGAGAUGGAGGCGGCGAGUUUUGUGUUUGGGGUGGGGCCGAGGGUGUGCUUGGGGAAGGAUGUGGCGGUGUUGGAGAUGUGGAAGUUGUUGCCUGAGAUUGUGAGGAGGUUUGACUUGGAGUUGGUGAAGGAAGGGAGGUACGUCGUUGCUGGAGGUGUGGCGUAUAACAAGGGUCUGGAGGUGAGGAUGCGCCUGAGGCAGGAGAAGGUUUGA